AUGGACAGGCUCAGCAACAUAAACCCCUUCUCCAAGAGGGAUUCUCACUCAGCCAAUGCUGUCAUCACGUACAAGGCCUUGACCAUCAUCUCAUGGCUCCUGUCGCUGCUCUCGUCUGUCUACUACACCUUCAACGACGACCACGAUGCGUUCCAUAUUCGCCGCCGGAUCUGGGACAUCAACGAUCUGUACCUGACAGGCUUCCGUCUCGACCACAUGAUCACAUCACUAUACUGGCUUGCUCUCUUCAUUCUCCAGGUUGGAUAUGCCUCGUUCCUCUUCUCAACAAACCUCGACCGCAAGAACCAAGCCUGCGCCGUGGGCAGCCACUUUAUCCUCAACAACUUCUUGCACUUUGCAUUUGUGAUGCUGUUUGUCUACGGCCACUUUGUUUGGGCUGAGGUGGUUCUUAUCGUCAAUUUCGCCAACCUUACGUUCCUGUAUUUCCGCCACAACACGUACCCGCGCUUCAUCCAUACCCCCGUCGUCUCGGGCCCGUUGGCGUGGACUUUUGUGGCCAUCUACUGGAAUGGCGCCAUCAUGGUGCACCACCCAGAGUCUUUGGUGGCAAGGAUAUUUGCCAACAUCUUUAUCUGGUCCAUCUUUGUGUACGGCCUGUUUUUCCUGGUCAUGUACAAGGACUACACAAUGGGCUUUUGUCUCAGCGUCCUGGCCGCUUCUCUGGGCGUCGCUCAGUUCAUGCGCCAGGUCAUCGCCCUGCAGUGGAUUUUCGCCUUUACCAUCAUGGCUGUAUUAUUCGUACUCUCGCUGGUGGUUGCCUUGCCCGCUUGGACUGGCAGGGAGUCGUCGGCGCCUCCUCAGGAUGCUGAGCGCGCCCCUCUGUUGCACGAUGGUUAA